AUGGGAUAUAAGAUAUAUUCUAACUCUGACUUAGUUCAAACAGUAACAUGGGCAAACUAUGAAUGGUUCGCUUUGAGAAACUCAGUACAACCACAAGCUAGAGAACAAACAGACCAGUAUGCAACUAUUGAGAAAAUAAGAAGACUUGACCCUAACGUUCCAGGAGUUUAUGUUGACCUUUCUGGACAAACUGCAGCAGCAGUAACCAAAGUAAAAUUGAAACUUAGAGUUCCUUUGUCAUCUUUCCUCAUCUUCAGGUUUUUAAGAUACUUGCCAAACUGGGCAGGAAAAAUUUCUAUCGAACUUACUCCAAGCAAAAAUAACUUAGUCAUUGCACCAACACAAGACCCAUUCACUCUUACAGACGUAAAGGGAGCAAAUCAAACGUCAUUCGCCGAAUUUUGCAAAGACAAAGUUGACUUAGACUUUGGUUUCUCAAACCUCAACACUGAAGUAAACUACUACUUCAAUGCUGCUGGAACUGCUUGGGACCCAGUUAAGUUCACAUGCGAAAAAUUUGAAUGCAAGAGAAUAGAAAGCAGACUUGCAGUCUAUAUGUUGGACCCAGAUAUUUCAAAUGCUUUAGCUGCCAAAUAUAUUGCAGUUCCACUUAUGUUCCCUAUACACCAAAUAUCUGUCAAAGACUUUGCAGGUGAAGUUGGAAACCAAAGUGCUGACCCAGGUGCAAGAACAGAUAUUGCUUUGACAACUGCAAUGAAACAUGCAGAUACUAUGUUUGUACUGUUCAGACGAACUAUAAAUGACUAUUCUU